AUGAGCCAAAUCCUGACGCCGCGGCAGGCCGAAGAGCUGCACAAGUCCAUCAUAGCCUACCUCAGCUCGAUAGGUCUCACAAACAGUACCGCGGCGUUACGGGAAGACCUGAGUAUCGGCGAUAGCUUCGAUGCAGCUACAAGUAAGAAAUAUGAGGGGUUACUGGAGAAGAAGUGGACGAGUGUGGUGCGGCUACAGAAAAAGAUAAUGGAUCUCGAAUCAAGAAAUGCAAGUCUACAAUCAGAGCUCGACUCGGCGACUCCAACAUCCCUCUCACGGCGGAACCAAGACCCGACAUCUUGGCUCCCAAGAUCGCCGGCAAGGCACACGCUCGAAUCGCAUAGAGGCCCGAUUACAUGCGUUGCAUUUCACCCUGUAUUUUCCUCACUCGCAUCGGGCUCGGACGAUUACACCAUAAAGAUUUGGGACUGGGAAUUAGGGGAGCUGGAACGGACGGUUAAAGGGCAUACCAAGGCAGUGCUGGAUGUUGACUUUGGUGGGCCAAGAGGAGGGACAUUACUUGCUUCGUGCUCGAGCGAUCUAACGAUCAAACUGUGGGAUCCAAGCGACGAGUACAAGAAUAUUCGAACUCUACCUGGACAUGAUCAUUCGGUUUCUGCUGUGCGAUUCAUACCUAGUGGUGCUGCUGGAUCUCCGUCAUCAGGAAACCUCCUCGUUUCAGCAAGUCGAGACAAGUCAUUGCGAAUAUGGGACGUUUCAACAGGAUAUUGUGUGAAAACGAUCCGGGGGCACGCAGAUUGGGUCCGAGACGUCUCACCCUCCUUCGAUGGUGAAUAUCUGCUCUCUGCGGGCAACGACAAUACGGCACGAAUAUGGAAUACGACUUCUGGCGAACCGCAAGCAACACUGCUAGGCCACGAGCACGUUAUCGAAUGCUGUGUAUUUGCGCCCCCAACGAGUUACGGAUAUCUAGCGACUCUGGCAGGACAAAAGAAGCCACCUGCAAGCAGUUCGGCAGAAUUCAUAGCGACAGGUUCAAGAGACAAGAGCAUAAGACUAUGGGAUGCUCGAGGGACCUUGAUUAAGACACUGCUGGGCCACGACAAUUGGGUGAGUGGUCUAGUCUUCCAUCCGGGCGGCAAAUACCUGCUCAGUGUGGCCGACGACAAGACAUUACGAUGUUGGGACCUCUCACAAGAAGGCAAGUUAGUGAAAACAUUAGACGAGACCCACGGGCAUUUCGUCAGCUGCAUACGCUGGGCGCCGGGCGUUGUAAAGGAAACCCCGGCUACGAAUGGAGUGAACGGGACUCCGAACGGGAAGAAGAAAGAAGAUCCAGCUGCGAACGUCAGCAUAAGGUGCGUCAUAGCGACGGGGAGUGUAGAUUUGAAAGUCAGGGUCUUCGCGUCAUGA